AUGUUUUCGCGGUCUGAUGUAUUCCUCUACUACAUCUUCUCCCUCUUGCCCUCGGCAUUCACCCAUUCAUUCAUGUCCAAAUUCAUGCUCAUUCGUGCUCAUACCUGCAUCCAUCAAAACAUACGGGUAGAUCGCGUCGCCGUACUUUUGUCCCGACUAAAAUCUCAUGCAGUUAUUGCACUUUUCCUCUCUCAACCAGUCCUCCACCCCACAAAUUACCUUUCCAUCCUGCUCUCUUCCCCGGAAAAUGCCAGGAUGAUUCCGCCCGGUAAUCGCCGCGGCGAUCCCGCGAAUCUUGGCUUCAAGUCAAGCAAUUCAACUGCCCAUUUAUUUCUAGGAGGCGUGCAACGAUCCUGGAUGCGUGGUGGUGCAGCAGCAGCAGCUGCUGCUGCCACUGCUCCUCAAUCUCCCCACCUCUCUUCCACCACCUCGAUAUCCCCUUCCAGUGUGUCUACGACCGAUUCAGCUGCUAGUACUGCGAGUGCUGCGACAAAGGGUACGGCUUCUACGGCAACUCCACGGCAGACGCGUCGGCGGGAAACGCCUCCUCGUGAGCCGCCCGUCGGCCUCACUACUACUACGGCCACCUCCACCUUCACCUCCACCGCCGCCUCAUCUUCGCCCUCUUCCUCCACCAUCACUUCCUCCGCCGCCGCCGCGAACCCUUCCCCUCUUCCUCCCCUCGGUCCGAUGGCUCAACCUGACCCUCUUCAGGCCAUCUCGGGGUCAGACGGGAGGAAUGAGAAGGAAGCUCAGCCGAAUCGCGGUGCCCCAAUUCUACCCCCGCUUCGCAGCAUCACCACCGCCAUCUCCUCUUCGACUCCAUUAAACUCAGCGACGCCGACCCCCCCCAACGCGCUUCCGUCCCCCGAUCCCACCCUUCCCCGUUCGCAUGCCAGCCCGGUCAGUGCCAUUGAUCGCCAUGGAGGAACGAUUGGACCGGUUGGACUUGAUACCCCGCCAGUGUCCAUAAUCAAUCGGCCACAGGAACCACUGUCCGGGGGACUACCGACACCUGCAACAGUAGCCAAUACCGUCAUCCUGCCGGAACCAGUCCAAGGGGGCACCGUCACGCCCAGAGAUCAAUCGCAAACAGCUGGCAAUGCCGAAUCGCGACCACAACUGCCUGGACCUGGCGAUCCUUCGGCGCAUCCUCAAACGGGCUCCUGGAUAGGCAUACCAGCAUCGCACCUGUCUCAGGAUUUCCAGCAACCGCCUGUCAUACGACCGUGGCUGGAGAAGCUGGAAACUUUUGCGGCUGAAGCGACUCGCAACAAGAUAAUCUCUGAGGUCAUUGAGUCGCCGCGCGUUCGCCUGCUGCAGAGCGCCCUCCUGGACAAUGACCCCGUCUACCUGGCUCUGCACCAGAUGUAUUGCAUGGCAUCCUACUCUCCCUCAGAACUGCGCACAUUGCCAGGCUUCGGUCCGGAGCAGGAAAGAGGAUUUGCUGUGGUCAAGCAGCUUCUGGUGGAUAACCGCCGACUUUCCGGAGAUUUUCUGCUGUUCUCCCUUCCCUGGUGGCGGGAUGCUUUAACGCAGGUCAUGAAUUCCUUGAUCACGCGCAGGCGUGGUCUGCCGCCAUUAAUCGAGGAAAUCAUAAUGACUUUCGACAUCCGAUCACAUGUCACGCAGUACAACAUCUUCCUGGCACUGUAUCGUCGACUUCCUCUGCAGAACGGAGAGCACAAGCUCUUUGACAUCUUCAAUCGAGACGCCAAAUACACAGACGAGCGUUUGGACUCUCCCAAGCCAGUGUCGGCAUUGCGCGCCAAAAAGGAGAGAGACAUCAUUCUCUCCAUGUAUCACAAAGAACUCACUUCCACUCCCCAGGCAACCACUGCAAAUCAGCCUCACAUUCACUCGCAACCGCAUCCAACAUCAGCUGUGCCCGUAUAUGAGCCAAGGAGGAGCUCUCACGUUCCGAUGCCUGGAAACGGACCUGUUCCUGCUCCAAUGGCAUAUCCCUCGCAGACAUACAACCCGCAUUCGCCUCGCAUGGUUCAGAUGCCUCACCACCAUCAACUAUAUCACCACCAUAAUCCUCCUUCGACGAGUUAUCCGCCACAGGUGGUGCCUUCGCAAGCGCAGACCAUUCACCCGAGCCCCGUAAAUACUCGUCCGCAAGGCCCAGUUCCCCCACAAACAAUCGCCAGCGUACCGACAGUAGUAGUCCCCUCAACAGCGGCUACUCCUGGUCUGUCCCCUCUUUCGCAUGCCCCUGCUUCCGCUCCUACUCUUGCCUCACCUCCUACUCCAGCUUCGGCCUCGGCUUCGGCUCCGGCUCCGGCUCCUACACAACGACGACGUGGCCGCCCCUCACGCUCCGCGCAGGCGAACAACCAGACCCCGACGCAGUACAGGCUGAUGCCGCAGGCAAGCAUGCCGAAUCAGGGGGCCCCUCUUCCCUCUCCUUCGUCAAUGGUCACUCCGCUUUUGCCUCCGCCAGGUCCACUUCCGCCGUCAAACCCACGACCUCAUUCGCUGCGGGACGGACUGCAUCAGGCCCAUCUGCGUGGUCCUGUCAAUCGACUUGUCACUCACACUCCUGCCGGCCCGCAAGAGACCCCGCUCUAUCAAUACUUUGACUCCUUCGCCGCCAAACCAACUCUGCUGGGCCAGGGCCAGUGGGAUUGCCGCUUCGACUGGACGUUCAAUUUGACCAAGUCGGACGUUGAGCGACUUGCGAAGAUCGACCAAAAUGGUGGUAAGAUGCAAGCCACCCGUUUCAUGACAAACGGCCAGCGAAUCUAUCGCCUGCGAUGUAUUCGAAUCAAUCCGUCAGCAAAGACUAUAGACGACCACAUCUGGUGCACUACCGAGACAUGCUGGCCCAGCGUGGUUUACAUCUUCGUCAACGAGGUGGAACUUUUCGCCCGGCGUCGGCAGCACAAUGGCAAAGAUAUACCCCUCGAAAUCACGGAGCAACUACGUGAGGGUCCCAAUACGGUCUCCAUGCACUUCCUUCGCAGCCCGGCCGAGAUGAGGGAUCAUCUAUAUGCUGCGGCCGUCGAGAUUCUCAAUAUCUCUGACCUGGUGUCGGCCUUGGAUGCGGCGCAGAUCCUUCCUGCAUCGGAAUCUCUGCAGCAAAUUCAAAAGCGGCUCACACCUAAUCCCGAUGAUGAAGUCAGCAUUAUGAGUGAAGACCUGGUCAUUGAUCUCGUCGACCCCUUCACUGCCCGCGUCUUCAACCGGCCUGUCCGCGGUCGCUUGUGCACUCAUCAAGAAUGCUUCGAUCAUGAGACCUACAUCACCACCCGUGCUUUGAAGUCAGGGCGACGUACCCUCCGAGAGGACUGGAAAUGCCCUAUCUGCAAACAAGACGCGCGCCCUCAGAUGCUCUUGGUUGAUGGGUUUCUCUUCAACAUUCGCGAAGAACUGUCUCAUACGGACCGGUUAGAGAACGCACGCUCGAUCCGCGUCAAAAGGGACGGAUCAUGGACAGUGAAGUCAGACACUGGUUCAUCCACAGACCGGACCUCCGCGAGUGCCGCUGCUCCAACGUCUGUGCCCCCGAAGCGUAAAUCCAGUGAUUCAGCGGCGUCUAUGUCUCCUGCGUCGCAAAGGCCCAAAUGCGAGCGCACAACAUCCGACACUCUCAUCCGAUUUUCCGAACCAAAGGUGAUCGCAUUGGAUUAGCCUGCGCCUGCAUGCUUGUCUUUGUGAUUUUAUGGAGGAAAACAAAAUUGCCUUUUUCUUCGUUCCAAAUUGAUACCAGCAUCAUUCCUUUCUUCCUACUUUUUUUUUUCUUCUUUUUUCUUCUCAUGGUUCUUUGCCAUUCCCUUCGCCAACUGCUGUUGAUUUUCCUUUCUCCACGACGCUACUUCCUAGCGUUGAGUCCUGUAUGAGAUACCCAAUUUUUUUCUUUUGCACGAUUUGUACCUAGAUAGUUGCCGGUCUUCGUCUUCAAAACCUCUUUGCUUGACUUUUCUGAUUUCUUUCAACAAGUUGUCAUGCCAUGGGAGGUUUGAUCUAGGGCGUUUGUUUGUACCUAGAGGGCGGGGACCCGGUGUCUUGUUGUUUCUAAUUUCCCU